UGAUUUAUCUCACUUAGCAUGAUGCUUUUACACCCAUGUCCUGAUUUGAGUCAGCAGCUUGUUUUUUGAUUGCUGAAUGAGACUCCACUCCGUUUUAGGUUGCUGGGCUGCCCUGAUGAGAUGCCACAGAGUCAGUGGCUCAGGACAGACAUGCCCUGUCCCCUGGUUCUGGAGGUGGAGAUCUUCAGAUCUCAGAAGUCUGAGGUCAGGCUGUUGGUGGGUUUCUUCUGAGCUGCUCCCCUUGGUCUGUGGAUGGCGCUUCUCCGUGUCCUCACGCGUCCUUCCCUCUGUACGCAUCUGUGUCCAAGUUUCAUUUCCUUAUCACGACACUAGUCUUAUUCAGGGCCCAUGCUAAUGACCUUAUUUACCUUAAUUACCUCUUUAAAGACCCCAUCUUCAAGUCGAGUCACAUUCUAACACAAUGGAGCUUAGGGCUUCAACAAACUGAUUUCCACACAUGACACCACUGUGCACGUACCCCCCGUUUGUUGAUCUGCUCACCAGCUGAUGGACGUUCAGGGGGUGAGUCCAGAUUAAGGCUAUGACCAGUAAGCCUGCUGUAAGUAUUGGCGGCCACGUCACAGGUGUGUUUUCUCGCGCGUAAAUACCCAAGAGCAGGAUGGCCGAGUCAUACGCUCAGCACGUGUCUCCUUGUUGGUCUCUGUUGGUCUCGUUGACUGCUCUCUGUUGCUGCUCUUUUCUCUCUUCACUGAUUUCUGAUUCUUCUUCUUUCUUUCUUUCACUUUGGUUUCUUCAAGUUGAAACUUAGGUAUUGUUUUGAUACCUGUUCUCACAUACCAUUCACAGCUAUAAAGUUCAUUCUAAGUCCUCUUCAGGUUUCUGCUGAAAAUUUUGAUAUGUUUUAUUUUCCUUUUUCAGUUCAAAGGAUUUCUCCUUCCUCUCUGUAUCAUUUAGGAGUCUGUUAAUUCUAAAUAGGUGGAGGGUUGUCCAGGUGUCUUCUAUUGUUUCUAAUUCUGCUGUAAUCAGAGAAGGAAAUGUGUGUGACUUGAAAUCUUUCAAAUGUACUGCGGCUUACUUUCUCACCAGCAUGUGGCUUCUCUUGGUGAAUGUUCUGUGUGCGCUUGAGAAGAACGUGGGCUCGGCUUUUCUUGGCUAGCGUGCUGUGGAAAUGGCCAAGUCAGAGUUGAAUCUUGGUGUCAUUUGGGUGUCCCACGUUCUGACGUUUUCUGCUUAUAUAUUGUGUCAGUUACUGGGAAAGACUGUCGUUAAGACCAGCUAGUGUAAUUGUGGGUUUGUCUGUUUCUAUUUUCAUUUCUUUUUAAACGUAUCCUGUGUGCCGGGUGCUUGUUGCCGCGCGGGCUCGUCUCUGCUUGUGGUGGGUGAGGGUCACUCUCGAGUUGCGCUGUGUGGGCUUUUUGUUGUGGAGUGUGGGCCCUAGCGGAGAAGGCACUGGCAGCCCACUCCAGUGCUCUUGCCUGGAGAAUCCCGGGGACGGGGAGCCUGGUGGGCUGCCGUCUGUGGGGUCGCACAGAGUUGGACACGACUGAAGCGACGCAGCAGCAGCAGCAGCAGCACUGUUUCAUGGAUGCUUAAUUCUUCUGAUCUUAUUGGCUUUUCCUUUUAGUCAUUUGGCUGGACUCUGGACAGAGAGCACUUUCUGAAGCUUUUGCUGCAGCGCAGUUGCUUGACAGUGUUGCCAGCCUCUGCUGUUCGCAGAGUGAAUCACGCGUAGGCGCACGUGGAGCCUCUCUUGGAUUUCCUUCCGCUUAGGUCGCCUCAGAGCACUGAGUGGCGUUCCCUGUGCUGUAGAGCAGGCUCUCCUUAGUUAGGCUUAUACGUAGCCCCAAUCUCCCACUUUGUCCCUCCCUUUCCCCCUUUGGUGUGUGUUGGUGUGUGUAUGAGCGCUGGAUUUAAUUCCUUACAUGUGCUGGGAUGUGGUGAAAUUCCUUAGUAUGUAGUUGGAUCUUUCUGAGACUUUUAAGUUUCGGUGUGAGCCCAGAGAAGCCUUUAAUCUCCGGCUAAUCUUGCCCAGAACACCGGGGUUCCGGACCAGAGUCACACGGAGAGUCAUGGGGCCUUUCAGGACACUUGGAGCUGGAAUGACCGAAGGGGGCACCGCAGACCAGGGGCCAGCGUUGGGGAGGGUAGGAGCAGGAGUCCGUGACUUUCAAGGACGUGGCCGUGGACUUUACCCAGGAGGAGUGGGGCCAACUGGACUCCCCCCAGAGGGCCUUGUACUGGGAUGUGAUGCUGGAAAACUACCAGAACCUUCUCUCCCUGGGGCCUCCGGUCUGCAAGCCAGACGUCAUCUCCCACCUGGAGCGAGGCGAGGAGCCAUGGCAGGCUCCCAGAGAUGGGCCUGCAGGGCCCGAUCCAGAACCAGGAUGUGAGCCCGGGCCUGAGGCGGAGGAGACGCUUGUGUACAAGGAAGAGCCUCCCUGGGAGCUGAUCGCAGUCGGGCUGGCGAGGUCCGGUGUGCACAGCCCCUGGUUCGGCAACGGGUGUACCUGGGGGGCCGGCGCAGGGGGCCCGGCGACUGCUCUGACCCGAGGCCAAGCAGCCUACGCUAGUGCUGGGCCCGCCGAGGAGCGCCGGCGGGGCAGCUAUGAGUCCAAGGAGGCCCUUGGCCUGCAGAGCGCCCUGCCGGCCCAGCCCCGCCUUCCCGCGGAAGGAGCCUUCCCGGAAGGCCAGCCGGGAAGAGUGCGGUCCGCCGGGGCCGGGAGCCGGCGCAGGAGCCAGGGUGCAGGGAGCGGCCCGUUGGCGUGCGGCGAGUGCGGCAAGGCCUUCCAGCGGAGCGCGGCGUUGGCGCUGCACCGGCGCUGGCAUGCGCGGGAGAAGGCCUACAAGUGCGGCGAGUGCGGCAAGGCCUUCAGCUGGAGCACCAACCUCCUGGAGCACCGGCGCGUGCACACGGGCGAGAAGCCCUUCCUGUGCGGCCAGUGCGGAAAGGCCUUCAGCUGCCACUCGUCCCUCAACGUGCACCGGCGUGUGCACACGGGCGAGCGGCCCUACAAGUGCGGCCAGUGCGCCAAGGCCUUCAGCUGCAGCUCUCUGCUGGGCAUGCACCUGCGCGUGCACACGGGCGAGCGACCCUACCGCUGCGGCGAGUGCGGCAAGGCCUUCAACCAGCGGACGCACCUGACGCGCCACCAGCGCGUGCACACGGGCGAGAAGCCCUACCGCUGCGCCGCGUGCGGCCGGGCCUUCGCCUGCCACUCGUCGCUGGCGGCGCACGAGAAGCUGCACAGCGGGGACAAGCCCUUCCGCUGCAGCGACUGCCAGAAGGCCUUCAGCAGCCGCUCGCGCCUGAUGCUGCACCAGCGCGCGCACACGGGCGAGAAGCCCUUCCAGUGCGGCCAGUGCGCCAAGGCCUUCAGCUGCCACGCCUACCUGCUGGUGCACCAGCGCGUGCACAGCGGCGAGAAGCCCUUCCGCUGCGACGAGUGCGGCAAGGCCUUCAGCUCCCACUCCUACCUGAUCGUGCACCAGCGCGUGCACACGGGCGAGAAGCCCUUCGACUGCAGCCGCUGCUGGAAGGCCUUCAGCUGCCACUCGUCGCUCAUCGUGCACCAGCGCGUGCACACGGGCGAGAAGCCCUACAAGUGCGGCCAGUGCGGCCGGGCCUUCAGCCAGAACCACUGUCUCAUUAAACAUCAGAAGACCCACUCGGCGGAGAAGGCUUUCAAGUGUCACGAGUGCGGCGAGGUGUUCAGCUGGAGCGGGCCCCUGGCAGAGCACCGCAGGCUCCACGGCGGCGAGAAGCCCUUCGCCGUCCAGUUGGACCAGCGCUUGCUGAGCCCCUACUACGUGCCCGGCGGCCUACUGGGCGCGGGAGCCUCGGGCGGGAGCAGCGUGGGCCCGGUCGAUGCCCUGGACGUGGCCGAGCUCCUGGGUGUGGCCCCGCCCUCAGGCAGCAGGAGUUUCUCCCUGGGGAGCAACCCUAGAAAUUAACGUGUGUGUGACACACCCACCUGCCACCUGAAACACACCUAGAGGUUGUGGGCUGCUGGAGAGGGAGCUGGUGGGAGAGCGCCGAGGGCGUCCUGUCCUCCCCCUGACGUUCGGAAGGCGGGGCGGGGGCGCUCUCCUCAGGCGAAGGGGGGGGCCCUGUCCUCACGUCCUUGGACAGCUGCCUCCUCGAUUUGCAUCCCGAGUUUCUUCUGUAAACUCUUUUUUGUUUAACAUGAUAAUUAAAGGGGAGAGAAAACUGGAGAAUCACAGACAGUAUUACUUCUAAGUGAACGCUCUGUGCCAGGAGGGGAGAGUAGGCUCAAAUGGUGGGCCUUUGGGAAGAAGCAAGUUCCCCGGACUCGCCGCACUCAUGCGUUAGUGGCCAUGCAGCCCAGCGUCCCGUCUGGCCACCCCGUCCAUGGUGGAAGCAGGCUUCAUACCCCAGCUGGCGAGGCCACCUGCAGGGCAGCCCCAGACCCCACGGUGCUCAGCCCCCAAGAGGAGGCGCGCCUGGUGGACCCAGAGAGGGGGAGAGAUGGCGUCCCUCUGGGGCUUGGUCAUGACUCGCUCAUCCUGCUCAGUUUAAAGCAGAGACCAGCUGCCGGCUCACAUCUGUACAGAGGACUGGAGUCGAUGACACACACUUUUAUUAAAGUAUGUAUGGAGGCUGAAUAACCACAUUUCAGAAAAUAGAGAAUUAAGGGAAGAGAUGCCCAUCGUUCUUAAUAAAACUGCAUCUUGCGCUUUG